AUGCCAGGAGCUGCCAGGCCUUCGAACGUGCGCCGAGAUCGCGGCAGAGGAGCCAGCAGUGGCACCGACAGCGGCGGGAAGGGCAGCGCGUCUGAGACAGGGGGCAAGGGCACCGUGAGGCGCCUGGGGCGGAACCAGAGCCCCCACUCUGAGAGCUCCACUCCCUCGCUGAUGCCCCCCGUGCCGCCGGCAGCGCAGAUGUGGUCGACGGACGAGAGCAGCUUUGACGAGGCCGGCGAGGACCGUUACCUCUUCGGCGAGAGCAGGGUCAGCGGCUACAUGAAGCGCCGUAGGGCCUCUAGAGCAGAAGGACCGCGGGAAGCUCCGGCCGCACCCUCGCCGUCUGCCUGCGCGUCCUUGCCGGCGACCAGCUCGAGCGCAGGGGCCGAAAGCCCGGGCCGCCACGCGCCCAAGUCGCCCUCGGCCACCCGCGGCUCGCUGCUGGAGAGCCUCAGCGAAGGGGUGGCGAGCAUUUGGCCCCGCGGCGAGCGGAGCUCCCCGCGGUCGCCCUCCAGGGACUCCUUCCAGUCGACGGUGCUUGUCACCAAGGACGGCGAGCCGCCGCCGCAGGAGGGGCUGAAGGAUCUCAUUGAGGAGACGGCGGAGGAUCGGGAAGCGGCCGGAUCCCCACAGGCGCAGGCGAAGCGCAGCAGCUUUCUGCAGGCAGCGGAGCUGGCGCAGAGUUUGAAGAGGCUCUCCUCCGACCUGUCUGCGGGGGUGGUGUCCAUGGCGGAUGCUCUGCGAGCAGCCCCCGCGCCCGAGGCGAGUUGGACGGGUGCGCGGGACCACGACACGGAGGCGAGCGCGAGCUCGAGCGCUGAUAGGUCUCUGAACUUGGAUGCGCUCAUGAACGAGGCGCACCUGCCGUUCCGGCAGCUGCUGCAGGAGGUGCCGGACCCCGAGAACACCCCUGGCGGCAUCCUGGCAUCCUUCCCGCGGCUGCGAAAUUUGCAGACCCAGGAGUCCCGGGAUGACGCCGAACACUCUUUGCCAGGCGACGACGCCAGCGCCAGCGCCAGCUCUUUGCACUUCGGGGCGCAGUCGCCGCUUUUCUCCGCAGUGGUUCGAGCGCGCUUGGCAGCCCACUUGAUCGGCUGCUACGAGUCGGUGACCGGCGAGCUGAGCGGGGAAGAGAUCCAGCUCUGGGAGCGGUGA